CAAAGCCCACCUUCAUCCUCGCCUUCACCACGGCCCGCAGCAUCUCAGCUCUUAGCACCACCAGGCCGUCAACGCCGCGCCAUCAAGAGCUGCAAGUCUUUGCACGCCCGGCUUGGAUGCAGAUCGCCUAGCGACGUAUGGCCCAUUAUCCUAAUCAGGCCCCGCCGGGCUACGGUCAGGCCUCAGGCAGCAGGCCAUUCCCUCGUCCACAUCAGCCGCCAGCGCAGGAUUCAAGGCGUAGCGGCACCUUUCCGCCUCUUUCAGCUCUCGUCGGCAGCCUCAGCAGCGGCAGCACAGCGAGCGCGAGUGCGAGCGGCAGUGGGAGCAGCAGCAGCGUGACUGGUAGCAGCAGUGGAGGCCAUGGGGCGACGGGUCCUCCGCCUCCCUGGACGCCCUCCUCCUCGUACGCAGACCGCUUGCCACCUCCACCAACGACGUCGGCAGCAUCGCCACCCGGCGGAAUCGUCUUGCCGCAGCCCUCACCCGGCUCAGCAUGGGCUGGUUAUGCCUUGACGCCUUCUCCGCAUCCUGCGAUGCCAUCUUCAUCGGCGUCGAGCCCGGUUUCGGGCUACUACCCUCGUUCAGCUCGAGGCGAUAGUAGAUCUGCGACAGGCGCCUGGCUGUCCUACAAUGACCCCGGCGUCUCUAGCAGUCUGCCUAAGACGGUCCCUUCUCCUCAGCAGGCAUCGUGGCGAGAGGCGCCGUACCCUCAAUACCAUCAUCACCCACCGCAUCCUACAAUGCCGCCUCCACAUUCUCCACCCUCGCUGCAUUAUGCUCAUGCGCCUACAUCCCAGCCACUCCCGCCGCCAUCGCCGGAUCACAGACCGCGAGGCGGCUCCACGUCUGCAUAUAGCUACGGAGCACCAGGCUAUGCCUACAGCUCGGCGUAUCCUCCACCGCUAGCCUCCCCGUACUACUAUCCUGCUCCCCCUCCUCCUCCUCCUCACAUGUCCCCAUUUUCGCCGUCUCAGGGCUCGCCGCCACACGGCUCAGGCUACGCUGGCGCGCCGCCUCCUCCUCACUCUCCACCGCCGCCUGAGCGACAUCGUCAGCUCUCCCACACGGGUUCUGUGACCGCCUCCAACUCUGCCAAUCUGUCUAUGCUCCAAGAUAGCGACCGCCCUAGGCAAGCCCGCAACUUGGCAUGCGAGUUUUGCCGUCAACGUAAGCUGCGUUGUAUCAUCGACGAUGGGAACAAGUCAUGCCGCCAGUGCGUGCGUAGAGGUAAGGAUUGCAGCCUACCCACCGCUCCAGUCGAAGAGUCCCCGGCUGUGCCAAAGGCAAAGAAGCGAAGGGCGGCCGAUGAGCCAGCCGCGCAGACAUCCGGCAAAGCAGCUUCGCCCUCGUCGAAGAAGAGUCGCAAGAAGCAGACCUCGCCUUCGCGAGGAAGUGGAUCGCAAAGCUUCGACGCAGGUCAAUCAAUGGACGUCUCAAGGACGGCGUCACAAGACGCCCCCGUCAACACCGCCAUGGCCUUGGUACCUCACGCCCAAGAGUCAUCCUGGGAGACUCGUGCCGAAGAGGCGAACAACCUCCUUACAUUGCAUGCCUCUGGGAAUGGCUGGAACAACGGCAGUGGCAUUGGCGAUUCCGGCGGCAGCAGCGAGGAGCGUGCACUUCAGAGCAGUCUCGACGCAAUGAUAGAUGGAGCGCCAGACUCUCAGGAUGUCGACGACGAGAUCGAGGUCAUCGAUCGAUCGAAUGAGGUCGAAUUGCAGCCGAUCCGGAUGUCGUCAUUAAACUCAGAUCCGAAUUGGUGGGAUCGAUGCUUGUCCUUCUUUGGCGAGCGCAGGCAAAGUGUCCGCGUCGUUGAGACGUUGCUCAUGCGCUUUCUGUCCACACACGCUACGCUCACUGGUAUCUUCCACGCACCAAGCUUCGUCGACCUCGUCCGUCGCCCAGAGAGGCGACAGACGACGCAGCCCGCCCUCAUCUUUGCCGCACUUGCCGCUGCCGUCUGCGAUCUCAAGCUCGACAAGGCCGAGCCUUACACCGCAGAUGUCGCCGCCGCCGAUGCAAGCUGCAAGCGCCUCGUUGAGCAAUUGCGAGCCAGUGCGUACGAGUACAUCGAGGCGACUUUGGCGAAGCCCAACUCCCAGACGAUCCCCCUGGCCCAAGCAGCUACCGUCAUGGCUCUUACUGAGACGGAGCCCGCGGGAAGGCGCCGCUUGUUCGACAUCGCCGACUACGUUAUUCGCAGUCUCGGCGUGCCUGAGACAAAGCUCAUCAAAGGCUCUGACGGACGUGAACUGUGCUCCUCUCAGUCCCUCAUCCGCUACGACCGACCGAAGUUCGCAGCACCGUCGGUCGAGGGACAGAUUGCAGCAGAGAUGACCUCUCGCCUUGCCAAAGCGCCCAUGGGCCUCGUUAUCCGCCAAGCACUCCAGCGACCAGACGAGGACGAUCCGACGCUCACUUUCCCGGACUACUCGCCCUUCGUGAGGCCAUUCACUUUUUGGGUGCCCAGUGAGCUCCCGGAUGUCUUGCCGGACUCGUAUCACGCUUCGAUGCAUAUUGCUCGCGCAGCCGCUAUGGCCACUGGCGCGUACGCUCGGACUGCAAAGAUGUCCCCACGGGACGGCAUCGGUAGCGACGACAUUCAUCAGGUGCUGAGCGAGCUCGAACAGCUCGAGGACGUCUUCGCGUGGGCGCGCGAGGUCAAUCAGAGUGACGCCACGGCUAUCUUUCCGUACCAGGCGCAAAUACUCCUGGUCAAGCUGUCCGUUUUUACGCGACUGUCCUUGUGGCGCAAGACCAAAGCGUGGACUCUCAACGACGCGCUACUGAAGACUCUGGCUAGCGAGUCGAACAGCAGCAGCGAAGAGGAAGAAACGCCACUGCUCCCGAGCUUCAGAUGGUGGCUGUCCCUCCUCUCCGAGCAGAUUGAAUCCCUCGAAGCCGACUCGAAUCGCCACAUUACCUCCGGUGAAACGCUCCACGCUACCGACGCUGAAAUCGAUUCUGCGCUCCGCCACGUAAAUCUGGCAGUGCAGAUGCUCACGGUCCUACCACGGCCCCCUGUGGGGAUCAGGCAGUUGCUCAGCAGUGCAUUGUCGACAUUGCAGAUCCACGUCAACCUGCGAAACGCCAACCCGGCUUCGUCUAGCUUGGGGCAACGCAUCGAGCAGGUGCGAGCGGAUGUGGCGCGAUCCGGUACGCCGAGUCCGCAAAGCGACAGUCCUGUCUUUCCUUCUGCGCCGGCGGCGGAGGCUUUCGCCCUCAUGCCGAGACGGCAAGUAGCACGCAGCAGGCGCCGAUGGAGACCAUCGUAAUUCCCUCGGCGGCGGCGAUGUAGGCCUCUUGGUUGAUUUUUGGCAUCUUUUCUUGUCGCGAUACACGUCCGGCCAUCCAUCCUGUCCGCUUCCCCCUCUCCUGGCCUCUUUAACCCUUGUAUUAGUUCAAAUCUACUCCUCCUCUUCUCGCCUGGCUCUAUGCGCAUCAAUGUCACCACACCGUUGUUGCAUUGCACAUCUGCUGCUCUUGCUGUCCGACCACGACGCUACAGUAGCGCGAGGCGCAACGUCGAGGGCGUGGGCAACGAACGGGCUGGGCGCGUGAACGCCGAUGGAAAUGUGGUCCCGCCGGAUGCCGGAGCGAGGGAGAGCG